UCUAACGAUAAUUCUUAUUCAGUGAACAUCAAUGACUAUUAACAAAGAUUUGAAUUACGCUUUUACAACGAGCCGUCAAUGUAUGAAAUUAUUAGGCAUAUGGCCCGAUCCAAAUGUCCCUUUGAAUGUUUUUCGUCGACCAAAAAUAGAAUUCAUGCUUGCUACGUGUAUUAUGAGUGUUUAUGUAUUCACCCCACAAAUAAUAAAUACGAUCCGAGCUUGGGGUAAUAUAAGUCGAGUGGUGGAACUCUUUGUCACCGCUAAUUUUAGCAUGAUGUCAAUAGGCAAGAUGAUUAUAACCAGAUAUCACGGCGAGACCUUGUUUAAUUUGAAAGAACUUCGAUUGCUUAUUUCAUCGAUGAUGACUGAUUGGAUGACUUCCACGAGCAAUUGGGAACGAAACAUAAUGUUGAAGCUAGCAAAAACUGGUAGAAGGUUAAAUUUUGGAUAUUUCAUAGCUGCAAUCGGUACAAUUACAUUUGCUUUUUAUGUACGCCUUGAAAAUGUUUUACAAACCAUGCACCAGCCUCGACGAUACCUUCCCUACCGGUUUGAUUACAUUCAAAAAAGUCCAAAUUAUGAAAUCACCACUUUUAUACAAAUUUGCGGCGGUGCAUACGCAGUUCUCGGCAAUUAUAGCGUCGACAGCUUCAUCUCGAUACUCCUUUUGCAUAUAUGCGCACAAUUAAUAAAUCUACAAAUUACGCUCAACAAUUUGAUCGACAAAUUAGACAACAAAUCUAUAUCUUCUUUGACAUUUCGAAAAGGCCUAACUGCGAUCAUCAUACGACAUGAGCAUCUAAUAAGGGAUGCAAAGAUGAUCAACGAUUGCUACAGCUCAAUAUUAUUUGUGCACAUGCUAUGCGCUUCUUUGCAUUUAUGUCUUGUAACUUUUCAGAUUUUCACGAUGAUAACAGAUAAUUUUAAUAUUUCUAUUAUCAAAGUAAUAUUUCUCACGAUUUAUAUAUUUCUCGUGUUGACACAAUUAUAUGUUUAUUGUUAUGCCGCUGAAACACUCUCAACGGAGAGUAUUAAUAUGGCGUUCGGCGUGUAUAACUGCAAAUGGUAUAAUAUACCGGCGAAAGAUGCGAAAGAUUUGAUGUUCAUCGUAUAUCGAUCUGUGAUAUCUCUUAAAUUGACAGCUGGAAUAUUUGGAAAUUUUUCAGUAGAAUUGUUCGGAAUAGCGGUAAAAACGUCAAUGGGAUAUUUGUCUGCGUUACUAACAAUAAGAGAGUAAGGAAAAUAAUAUAUAAUUAAUUCUCUAUAUAACCGAUUAUAUCGACUUUCAAAUAAUACAAUUAAUAGACUUACAUGCACUUCCUGUAAUAUCAUUUCAAUUGAAUAAAUAUA